UUUCACUUUCGCUUCCGGCGGAGCGCGGUCCCGCCGCCACCCGAGCAUGGACGACCCGGACCACGACUCCACCUGGGAGGACGAGGAGGAGGACGAGGAGGAGGAGGACGGCGGGGGCCCGAGCGCCGGGGGCGACAACGAUGGCGAGGCCGGCGCCCUGGGAGACGCGGAGGACGAGGACGAGGAGGAGGAGGAGGAGGAGGAGGCGAGGCCCAGCGCGCUGCAGUCUAGGAUGACGGGGUCCCCAAACUGGAGAGCCAUGCAGGACACACGCAGGUACCGGCACCACUACCCGGAUUUGAUGGAAGGGGACAGCAAUGGUGACAUGCCAAACCUGAGUUUCUACAAAAACGAGAUCCCGUUCCGGCCUAAUGGCUAUCGCAUUGAGUAUAUUCUUGAGAAAUGGAGGGACAACUACGACCUCCUGGAGGACAACCAUUCCUACAUCCAGUGGCUGUUUCCCCUGCGGGAGCCAGGGGUGAACUGGCAUGCCAAGCCCCUCACGCAGCAGGAGAUCGAGGCCUUUAAAAGCUCCCAGGAAGCCGGGCAGCGGCUUGUCCAGGCCUACGAGCUCAUGCUGGGGUUCUACGGAAUCGAGCUGGAGGACCGGGACACAGGCAAGGUGCGGCGAGCGCAGAGCUACCAGAAGCGCUUCCAGAACCUCAACUGGCUGCGGAGGCUCGGGCCGCGCGCCCCGCCGCGCCCGCCCCUGCGGGGCCCCGAGCCCGCCGCGGGGGAGGCGAGCCCCGCGGACCCCUUCCUCGAGGCGGGCGCCCCGGGGCGGACCUGCGGGCCGGGGAGGGGCGCGGGCGGGGAUGGCGUGGCCGCCGGGCCCCCGCAGGAGGAGGGAGCCCGGGAGAGGGACCCGGGGGCGGAGGAGCCGGAGCCCGGGAGCCCCACCGAGAGCAAGAAGAGGAAGUUGCAGCCGAACCGGCGGGAGCAGGCCCCGGGGGAGCUGGGCCCCCAGAGCGCCUCGGAGGUGGAGAAGAUCGCCCAGAACCUGGAGGGCUGCGCCCUCAGCCAGGGCAGCCUCGGGGCCGGGACCCAGGAAAUGGGCAGCCAGGGGCCCGGGGAGACUGAGCAGCCCUGUCCCCCGCCCCCAGGGGCCCAGGUGGCCGACGAGGUGAGGAAGCGAAGGAAGGUGGACCAGGCGCCGGCCCCCUCGGGGCGUCCUGAGCCCGGGCUGGGCGAGGAGGUGGAGGAGGACGAGGCAGAAGGCCAGGGGGUGGCGGAGCAGGGGGCCCCCGGGAGCCCGGCCACUGCCGAACCUGCGUCGGACGAGAGGGCGGAGGCGGGGCUGGCUGCCAGGCCCCCGACGCCUUAGGCUGGGGGACGCCCGCCUCGGCUGGGCCUGUGCCGGGGAGUCUCCUUGCCGGCUGCGCCCCGCGCCCCGCAGUGCUGGCCUCGCGCCGGGGUCACUGCCGCUGUCGGAAGACAGGCCCGGGGACGCCCACGGACUCCAGAAUCCUUACCUCGACCUCCUCGCCGCCUCCCUCUCUGCGCUGCCCCGUCUUUGUAAACUGGCCCCGGAGCGUCUGGG